GCAAGCUUCAGCGAGUGACAGGAAGACAGAGCUUGUGGAAAUGGUGUUCCACAACUUCUCUGUCACAAUUAGUGUCGUUAUCGCCAUUGCAGUGUUGGUGACAUUUAUCGACAAAUGUGAUGGACAAACUAGAUCUCGCGUUAGACCUGCUCAGCCUGUGUAUCAGCAUCAGAGAAUUCCAGGAUCGUAUAAUCCUACUUCUCAGAGGCAACGUGGUCGUACGCCAUGGAUGAAUGAAGUCGAUGUUUCAUUACGAAGAAUCGACACAGAUGUUAAGCUCAUGAAGUCAACCUUAUCUUCAUUGGAAAGUAGAUUGUCUAUAACAUUGUCAGCAACAAUUUCAAGAAGGCUUAGUGGAAUACUUGAUAUCACGAAUGAUCAUGAAACUCGAAUUGAAAAAACAGAAGACAAACUCAAUCGUAUUGAACGAGAAGUUGAAAUGAUGAAACAUGGCAAUUCGGAAAUUUUAAGAACUAAUGAUGAUGAUUUAUAUAUAAGCAAGGAUAACACUGGUAGUGAUAUAUUAGAAAUUUCAAAAAGCCUUGGGUAUUUGAAAGAAAGUGUUUCAACCCAUUCCAGUCUCAUAAAGAAAUGUUUGAAUGAUUCGGAAUCUCAGAAUCUCAGGAUGCAAGUCAUUCAAUCAAAAAUUCAGCAAAUUGAAGAUGACAAUUUCGAAAAAACAACAACCCAUUGCUGUGAAAACCUUGUUCGAAAUGUCUCAGAAAUAGAAAUUAAACUUCUGCACCGAAUCUCCAACGUAGAAAACGCCUCAAUGGUCUUAGAUAAAAACACCAAACUACUCGCCGGCACAUUACAAAGCCUGAUUAAAUCAAACGAAAGCGCAGGAGAGCAAAAAGAAUACGAUUAUGGAAUGUUGGAUGACGAUAUCAGUGAUCAACUCAUCCACUUUGAAAUAUUCGAUGGAGACUAUCCACUGACAGAGGGUGCCAAUCUCAAUAGAUCUCAAGUUGCGCGAAUAGUAUCAAAUUCUGAGAUUGAAAAUGCUUUGUUGGAGUUUGGCAACAAGCUUCAUAGCUUUGAAGAAAGAUUAAAAGUACUAAAUCAAUCUGGGAGUACUAGCGAACUUGAUGUUAGAAUGGAGAACGAAGAAUUGAACAUUUCUAUUCAUGAAUUAUCUAAGCGGCUUGAUUUAAUAUUCUCUCGCGUUGAAAUCCAAGAAAGCUCACUCGAAGAUAUCACUGAAGUUCAAAGCAAUAGGUCUCAGGAGGUGGAAAAUGUUAAUGUUCGAUUCGAUGUCGUCCGCUCUGCGUUUCAGAGAGCUAAUGUAGAACUAGUUGGAGGAAUAAGAUCAAAUCGUCGAAUACUAGAAGCUGCUGUGAAAUCUAUACGAGAGAAGACUGAUGAUCGUCGUCGUCAGAAUUCUGCCAUAAUAAAUCUUCGACGUAGAAUAAGAAAUAUAGAAGGUCUUAAGUUGAGAAAUGCUGUCAAUGAAGAAGAUUUCCAACAAUUUAAUAAAAGUACAAGCGAGAGGAUUUCACAUCUGGAGAAUGAAAUUGAAUUAUUCAAGCAAGAAAAACUGAUAAAUCCAGUAGACACCAAUGCACUGACAAAGAAUGACGUGAAAUUGUUGAUUGGUGAUGCAAUGUUCGGAAUAAAUAAGCAAGUCAAAAACAAUGUUGGACUGUUAGCAAAUGUUGCAAACACAUCUCGUCAUAUUGCGUAUCUGGAGUCGGAGAUACGAACUUUUUCUCACGAACUUCCAUCAAUAAUCAGAUUGAAGGAAGACGUGGCAAGCACAAUAAAUUUACGAAAUUUGGUUCUGAGAAAUUCUGGUGAUGUCACAAAAGUACACGACUCAUUUGAUGAAAUCAAGACAACAGUGACAGAGAGUAAACGGAAAUUGGAUGAAAUUGACCUGGAUGUCCAAGAACUGCAAUCUUUAACAAGUGAUAUAACGUUCAGACAAGAAAAUUCUCAAGAAAAACUGACAGAGAUAUCUGACACUCUGAGAGAUACUCAAAAUCAAAUAAGACUUUAUGCACUCACCACUAAAAGAAAUAUGACAGAUAUAAUGUACGGAAUACAGAGGAUUCGAUCGAAAGCUGAAGAAUAUGAUAGUAAAAAUACAGUACUCAACGAAAAAACUAACACCUUGAGUACUGAGCUUGAUGAUUUCAAGCGGGAUUCAGAAAUAGAAAAAGCAAAAAGUCAAAGAUCGCAACUUGAAAUAACUAACAGAGUAGAUGGCUUAAAAGCAUCGCUUUUUGGAUUAAAAGAAUCGACCAAUACAUGGAAAACCAAAACAGAAAAUGAAAUUUCUAUUCUUCAGUAUACAGCUGAAGACAGCAAAGCAUCGAUUACUGAAGCAGCCAAUAAUAUUCUUGAUUUGACAACAGAUGUUAAUGUUAUUAAACAACAUCGUAUACAAGAAUUGGAAGAAAAGAACUUAAUGAAGCAAAAGCUUGAGUUUGUAGAAGACAGUGUCAGUCAACAAAAGCAGACUAUGGAGGAGACAAAGAUGGAAAUUCGAAGAGCCAGACAUUUCACAACUACCUUAGAGGAAAAGCUGAGAAUGCUGGAAACAAAAUUUAAUGUUGUUGAUCAGGCAGUAGAGAGCACAAGAAUGAUGGUCGUGAGACAAAGACAGAUUUCGAACAGAACACGACUAUUCACAUCAGAAAACAAAGAAAAGUUAGCAUCUGUAGAACAGAAAAUGCAACAUAUUUCAUCCUCCAUACAACAAAUUAAAAACAAUGUUAAUAACCAUCAGAUAGAACUGGAUGAAAUCGUGAUGAAUUCAGCAAAUCAGAGCUCAUCAAUCCGUUUGCUCAAACAAAAAUUCAAAUAUGAAUUUAUGGCAUCUAAUGCAACAAGACAACUUUUCUACAAUGUAGCUGAACUGAAGCAGGCAAUUGAGAGUUUGAAAUACGAAAUCAAUGCAACGCAGGCUUUAUACACCGCGAACAAGUUGAAGCAACGUGUUUUUGCUAUAGGUUUAUCUGAUAUUGAAUCAAGAGUAGUUAAAUGUGAAAAUGACAACCAGCAACAAAAAUCUCAGCUUGAUAGCGUAGAAUCUGAUUUGGAGAAUAAAAAUGCAGCCCAACGUUCUAACGUAGAAAAAUUGUAUGAAAUAGAACAUUCCUUACUGGAAACUAAAGAGGCUUCAAAACUUUCAAAUGGAAAAAUUGACAACUUGAAACAAGAUAGGGACAAUAUGCAAUUUGAAGUUGAUGUAUUGGAGGAAUCUAUCAGAAAUACUUUGAACAGAACUAGAGAUAUAAGGAUAGCUGUUGAUACUCUAAAGAUAAAGGCCCAUAGAUUGGAAUCACAACAGCAAUCAAAUAUACAAAUGCUGAAUGUUUUCGAUAAAAAAACUGAAUCGAAUGCAGAAAAUUUCAGAUCACAGGACAAUGAAAUUCGAACAAUAAAGCAAGAUUUGCUUCAAUCCGUAGAUAGAGCCCAGACUCUUACAGCUGAUUUAAAACAUGUGAAAGAAGAAACUGCGAAUAUCAAUGUUCUGAAAACUAGAAUUGAUGCAUUUGAGAAAGUUGCUUCUUCACGUGAUAAGAAGAUUGCAGAAAACAGUAAUUCUAUCUCCUCACUUUGUAAUGAAAUGAACUCGACGGUUUCUGUGAUACAUCAAUUACAACUAUCCUUGUAUGAAGAGAAACAAAGAACACAUUCAAAGGAACAACAAUUACAUUCUGCUGCAAAUGAACUCAGGGCAAAGAUCUAUCGUGUCAAUUCCACUAGUAUGCUGAAUGAGAUUCGAAUUUCAAGAUUCCGCGAUGAAGAAAUUGUAAGAAACAAUAUAUUAUACAAUUUGACUAUUGAUGUCAAUUCUCUGGCAAGAAUGAUCGAUCUCCAGAAAGUUUCCAUCGAAGAUACUGAGAACGUCCUCUCCAGAAAUGUUCAAUCUUUAUCAAAAGAAAUAAGAAGAAAUGAAAUGAAAUUUUCAAAAAUAAACAGCAAGAUGUUUGAGAUUCAAUCAACUGUUGAAAAUGAUUCAUCUGAAUAUGCAGAUCGAAUCAGAUCAUUAUCAAAUUCUGUACAUUCUCAAAAAGAAGCCCUUUUGGAAGUGCUGAAUAUAUCUAGAGAUAAUGAAAGAAGAUUAAAUGGUGUAGAUGCUGAAAUACUUCGCACAAAAGAUGAACUAAACAACACUCUGAUAAAAAUAGAAGAUAUUGAUAAUGAAAUGAGAAACAAAUCUGAUUUAAUAUUGGUGGAAGACAUAAAAAUAAAGUUAUUACAUGAUAUAAGUGAACUAAACAAAACAUUCUACAGUAAUUCACUUUUAAUGAACAAGAUAAAUUCCAAUGUGUCUUUGAGAUUUUAUGAGCAGUCUAAAGAAUUACAAGGUUUAAAAGAAAUUCAAAAGGAACUGUAUGGAAUAGUUGAUUUUCUAUCUAAUGGAAGACUAGAAAUAGAAGAGUCUCUGUUAGGUACAAAUGAGAGGUUGGAUCGCCUCCAAAUUAAUUAUGAAUCUUUGGAUGAUAUGGCCAAAAGUUUAUCAAAAACCACAGAUGAUAUGAAGUUGCGAGAAUCUGCAAUAUUAACAAAACUCAAUUUUCAAUGGCAUCUGCAUGGAGAAAUGUUGAAAGAGGUCAUAAAGGAAGACGAUGAGAUUCUCUUUUCAAACGAAUUUAACAAUGGAUCAAUUUUUUCACAAGAUGUAGAUGCAACCAGUCGACUGCUGUUUGCAAUUCUUCAACAGAACAGUCACAGAAAUGAAUUAUUGAACACUUUGAAAUCCAAAAUGAAAAGUCAUUUUCAUGAGUUGGCAAACAAAACAAUCUUUAUAUCUAAACAUUUAGCUAAAAAUGCCAUUGCAGAACAGAAAAGAAAUAUUCAAGGGAAUGUUACUCUUCAAAAACUUUUUGACAAUUUAAAAAGGAUUGCGUUUGUGGUUGAAACUAAUAAAGAGAUCUACUCUAUUGGUCUUGCAAAUAUGACAUUUCUCCUGAAUCACCAACAAAAUUAUUUGGAAAAUGUGUCUCAGGUUGCAAUGGAAAUAUCAACAUCUUUACCCUGGCUGACAAGAAACGUAUCAUCGAUGCAAAAAAGUAUUCAAAAUGUAAACACAAAUAUGGAUCACAGCUUCAAUCUACUGAGCAAUAAUUUCAAAAAUGCUGUGCAAAACAUGACUACCCUUCAGAAUCAUUACGAUGGUCUUAACAAAGUGUCUGCUGAUUUGCUUGAAAAUAUUUCGAGCAACAAAUUAAUGAUUCAAAGCGUUAAUGAGUCACUGAGAGAGUCUGAUUAUAAUCACAGUAUUUUCUACAACAAAUUGAGAACUAUGAGUGAAAAUUCAGGGCAAUCCGUCUUAUCAAAAUUGAACAAAAAUAUGAUGUAUGUUGUCAACAUGAGUGAUAAAGUUGAUUAUAUUAUUGCAGAGCAACUUAAUACAAAACUUGGUAUUAUGGAACAGAUAAUCAACAUAUCAAAUAUUUUGGAGAACUACAAUAAGACUAUUGCAAAUAAUCGAAGAAUGUCAAUGCUACAAGAAGCCACACAAAAAGUCGAAUUGGACAAACUGAAGACCAAUUUGCAUAUUAUGACGCAAAAUAUACUUAAUAUCACGGAGGAUCUAAACCUAGUAAAUCUUUCUGAUAAAUCUGACAAAUUAAAAAUAAAGAUAUUGCAAAGAAUCAUAUCAAACAUGACUAAAAAUACCCAGGACAAUGAUUUGGAGAUUGGUGUGGUAAAAUCAAAGAUAACAAAUGUAGAAAAAAUGGCAAUGUACCUCAAUCAAAAAAUUGCAAAUUUGUCAUAUGCAACAGACCAAGAAUUGAAUGUCACUAAAGAGACCUUGGCAAAACUAAAACCCAGCAUAAAUGAAAUGAAAAAUAUGCUUGGUAAUGAGAUAAUAAAGGUGUUGGCAUUCAUGAAUGAAUCUCAGAAGUUGAUAAAUACAAGGUUCUCUAUGAGCAAUCUUGCUUUUUCACGCCUGGUAAAUGAAUCAAAGAUUGUCAGUAUCAAAAUAGGUGAACUCUUCAAACAAAGUAAAUAUACCAUUGAAGAUGUGAAAAAUUUACAACUACAUGACAUUUCAGCUAUGGAUUCAUUGAAUCUAAUGAAAGAAAAUGUAUCAGAUAUUUCAAACACCACUGUCAAUUUGAGACUGCUGAUGGAUAAUAUGUCAUCACUGAUGAGUAGAAAACAAGAAAAUCAAACUAACAAACUAACUGAUUUCUUGAAAUUGUAUUCAAUGAAUUCGUAUGAAAUCUUUGCAACAUUAUCAAAGCAUCAACUACAAAUUUUGAAUGUUGUUAACACAACGGAAAAUAUAUCUCAUAACUUGGAAUAUUUGGAACAGAACAACAAAGAUGCUGACUCAAAGAUCGAAAAUAUUGUGGAAAAAUUGAAACAUACUGAAAGAAAUGUCUCAUAUGUGUUUGAAGAAAUGUUCAAUACUCAUUCUCACAUGGACUCUGUGCAUCUGAAUAUGAAUCAUUCUCUGGACGAAUUAAAAAAAUUGACUGAAAAUGAAUUGGCACGUCUUCAGGAUAGCCAUAAUUCAAUAUAUCAAAAGUUGAAUAUUUUGAACAUUACUGACAAACAUUUGGAACAAAAGAUAUUGGAUCAGGAAAAUAGAUCAAUAUAUAUUUCUGGGUUGCUCAAUGUAUCCAACAGACUUUUCUCAGAUAAACUAAAAGCUGUACUACAAAAAGCUACAAAUAAUUCCUUUGAUAUAAAAGUUUUAAAAGAAUAUAGUGGAGUGAAUAUGUUGCACACUAAGCUGGUGAACAAUUCUACAUUACUUCUAUCGCAAAAGCUGAAAACAUUAAAUCAGAACAUAAGUGAUUUGGCUGAAUCAUGGAAAAGUCAACACGAUGUUCAAACAGAGAAAAUUCAUAUUUUUCAAAACAUAUCUGUAAUGAACCAGCAUCAAGUUGAAUAUUUCCUUGCAUAUAUUGAUAAAAGUAAUCAAACAGUAGAAAGUAUGAAUCUAAAGCAAAAAUCGUUCCAACAUGUUGAAAACUUUUACAACUAA